AGAAAAUAAAUAAAUAACCUUAACCUAAUUGAAUACAUCGUCGAAUUUUAAAUACACAAUAAUUUUUGUUUGUUAUUAAUAUCGUAGGCAUUUUAAUGAUUAUUAUACUUUACAUAAGUUAACCACAAUGGACAUAUUAAAGGCAGAAAUUGCAAGAAAACGAAAACUCUUGGAGGAGAAGGAACUACUUGGGUCUGAUAAGAAAUACUUUAAAAGAGGGGAACUAAUUGCUAAAGAAAAAGAUGAAUAUCAUCAAAAAUACUCUCUAGUCAAAGAGGAAACAAACAAAGUGACAACUUCAAACACAGAUUCUGCAUCUGAGGCUGAUGUUCAAAGUAAUUUACCAUUCAAAGAAGUCAUGGCUAGGCUGCGUGAUAGGGGAGAGCCCAUAAUAUUGUUUGGUGAAACAGAAUUGGAUACUUUUAAAAGAUUAAGAAAACUAGAGUUAUUAGAACCUGAAGUCAAUAAAGGCUUUCGAAAUGAUUUUCAAGAAGCAAUGGAACAAGUGGAUCAAGCUUAUUUAGAUGAAUUAUUAACUUCUGCUGAUGACUCCAAAUUGGACAAUAAAUCAAAAAGUAAGCAGGAGGAAGUUAUUAAAAGUCAUGAAGAAAUUGGAGAAAUGGCCAAAAAGAUGGGUAGAGGAGAUAAGGAACAUGAUAUGACAGUCAUAGUACAUUUUAUACAAUUAAUAUUGGCGAAAUGGAGCGAACAAUUGCAGAAUAGAUCAGCGGAGGAAAAAUCAGGUACCAAAGGAAAGCUGGCCGGUGCAACUCAUAAACAAACUCAAGAUUAUCUUAAACCAUUACUUAGAAAAUUGAAGUCUUUCACAUUACCAGAAGAUAUUUUGGAAAGUUUAACUGAGAUUGUAGUCCACCUUCUUAAUCGUAAUUAUCUAAAGGCUAGUGAUGCUUACCUUCAAAUGGCAAUUGGUAAUGCGCCUUGGCCAAUUGGUGUAACCAUGGUUGGUAUACACGCCCGUACAGGCAGAGAAAAGAUUUUCUCCAAAAAUGUGGCGCACGUAAUGAAUGACGAAACUCAAAGAAAAUAUAUACAAGCCCUUAAAAGACUAAUGACUAAAUGUCAAGAAUACUAUCCAACUGAUCCAUCAAGGUGUGUGGAGUACCAGGCAUUUGGCACAACUAAGUAAUGUAAGAAUAAGUUAUUUUUGUUAAAUAUAUUAUUUUUAAUUAAUAUAACGUGGUUUCUACAUUGUAUAAGUUUUAUUCACAUUCCAAUUAAUUAACCUGAAGGUUGUAGAAUCCAAUCAUAGUAUUAUUUGAUGAAUAACAUGCAUGUACAAUAAUAAAUUUUUAGAAUAUAUCAAUAGGUACGAGAUGAAUUAUGAACUACUUAUACUUAAAAUCAGUCUGAGUUUUCUAACACAAGAUUUGUGACCAUAAUAUGUAUUAGGAUAUUAUUAUCUUAAACAAGUUAAUUAAUCACGAAUUUUAUUGAAAAUUCUCUUGUUUAAAGCUUAAAACUAUGUAUACCAUUGAAAACAGUUUAUUGGUGUAAUAAGUGUGGAUUCAUAGAUAUUCUUUAUUAAUUAUUAAAUAUUUACAUUUA